AAACCGAUUCGAAUCUGAAAUCUGAUUAUCUGAAUCCAACCUAACCACUCACUAAACUAAAACUAACACAGUGCAGUGGUCUGGUCAAUAAGGUCAGUUUCAGGUUUCAGUUGCAGUUUGUCAAAAUUUCCACGUUCAAUUUGUUCGUGCGUGUGUUGUUGUCAAGUAGCCUAUCUAUUGUCGAUUUUCGUUUGAUUUACGGUAUAGCGACGCCAAUUAUUUUAAAGUGAUAAGUUCGGACUAUUUGAGAUAGCCUAUGUUUAUUCACAUGAUUAUGUUGACUUAAUAAUGUAUUAUUAGGUCUAUGCUGCUUCAAAGUAGGACUGGCAUUAAGGUUAACUUAUAUAAAGAACUCCGUCCAAAGUCCAAGACACUUAACGUCAGUACUUCUCCCUGAAGCAGUUAAUCAGUACUACAGUCCAAUCAAUAAUUAUCAGAUUUGUUUUCUACAACCAUGGCUAAUCCUCAAAAGUUGAACUUAAACUCCCCGUUGCUCUCCAACCAACUUGUGGAGAACUCCCCGAUGACUAACUUAGCUCUCAAUCUUGGGAGCACAAACAUCAGCGUUCCGGCCCGUAGAAAACUCUCCCUCGCCAGCUCUGAAGGCAGCCCUUCACCUGCACUUGGUUCUCCAAUGGUUAUUUCACCACUAAAACCAUCCAACCAUGAUAGGUUGCUGAAGCAGAGUCUCAAGUUCAACAGUCCCAGUACACCUGUGGCUCCAGUGCGGAGAACAAGCGUAGUUCGUCGUCUGGGUUCCCUGUCUGAUGAGAAUUACAAUCCUAUGCUCAGUAGCCCUGAGAAGACCUUUGUCAGCCCAUCCAAGUUCCAGGCAGUCAGACAAUUGUCCAGUGGUCGUAUUAGACAGCCCCUGGAGGACCAAGACCCCAACUCCCAGGACUCAGGCUACUGUCACUCUGAAGACUCAAAGUCUGUAUCCUCUGACUUCACAUUUGCUCUACCCAGUGGUCUGGCUCCUCGUCGCAGCACUACCGAGUCUCCCCGCAGUCGCACUUCUAGUGAAUCUGUUGACGAUGGCUUCUUGGACUUCUCUUCACCUUUACAGGAUGAAGAGGCUCAAUUACCAGCAGGUCUCGGUGGUCUUAUCAAGGACCCAAUCAUCAACUACGGUCUCUCAGCUGACUCAGCCCACUUUCAGAACUUUCGUCAAAUUAUCUCGGAAAACAUCCCUGGACUGUCGCCCAUUGUUGAAGAAAAGGCCAAGAAACGUGUGUCCAACACUCCUCUGGAUAUCACUCCUAUCUCAAAACGAUACAAGGCAAACAGUGAGCACGCGACACCUCCACGCACCAAGCAGCACACCCUGUUCCAGUUUGGGUUCAAGCGGUUGUCUGAGCCUCGGCCUCUGCUAAGCCACAGUUUAUCUCUAGAGGAGCCCAUCACUCCUCCGCCAAGACCCAAGUUCCGUCACUGCCUCUCCGAGUCUGAGGCUGCCAUCAAAUCUGCUUUACACAGAUCACAAGAAGAAGAGUUAAUUGGAGACUUUUCAAAAAGAUUUGCUCUGCCGUUAAUUCCCGGGAGUCAUCAGGACCUUAAGAGCAUCAGCCCAAGCACAUUAGCUAGACUCAUCAACGGAGAGUUUGGCGACACCAUCGCAUCCUUCCAGAUUAUAGACUGCAGGUAUCCAUAUGAGUUUGAAGGGGGCCACAUCCGAGGGGCUCGCAACAUGUACACCAAGGACCAGGUGAUGAAGGAGUUCCUAGAAGAGCGCAAGGGAGAGCCUCCUUCCACCACCACAGCUGAUGGCAAGAGACACAUCAUCGUUUUUCACUGCGAGUUCUCAUCAGAGAGAGGCCCAGGUCUGUCGCGGUUUCUUCGCUCCAAGGACCGUGAGAGUAACGCGUACCCGGCACUGCACCACCCCGAGCUGUAUCUGCUGGAGGGAGGCUACAAGGCGUUCUACCACACGUUCCCUGCGCUGUGUGAACCUCAGGCCUAUCGCAAGAUGGUGGACGCAGACAAGGAGCAGCUGCAGCAUUUCCGAGCCAAGAGCAAGACCUGGAGUGGAGACAGGAGCAGUCGCACACUCAAACGUUCCACCUCCUUCAAGCGACUCGGUCUCUAACUAACCUCGGAGCAAACGUGAUUCCAAACUGAUCUCAUCAGAGCAGAUUAUCAUACCCAGCUUUUAUUUAGUUUAAUUUUGUUAUGAGUUAAAAUUUUAUUUCGGUGAUUCGAUGCCUGUGUGCUAUGUUAACGAAAUUUUUUUGGGGUACACGUGAUUUAGAUAUAGUUUAUUGAAUAAUUGUUUUUGUUACUCCUAGUCGAAAACGUUAUUUUUAAUAAGUACGCUUUUGAUCGUUAGACUUCACAUUGUGAAUCGGUGUACUUAACAAGGUUUUGGCAUUAUCAAUUUGUAUUGGGCUCUUUUAAUAAAAAUCAAAUAUGUAUUAUUUUUUAAUUAGUUUUAAAUGGUUUUAAUGACUAGGCCUACAGAUAAUAUUUCAAUACAUUUUUAAAGAUUUUAAGAUUUAAAGAACUUUUUUAACAGUUUUUUUUAUUACUAUCUUUAACGCAAGUUGUAUUUUGAUAAUUGUUCGUAUUCGUUGUUGGUUCAGUUUAUCAUCUCAAAUCAUAGCAAGUAAUUUUACUGAGAUUUCAUAAGUCAGUAAGUAUUUAAUCAACAAUUUUAUAAAUCACUAAAUAAUCAAAACUACGAUUCAUAUGAAUUCUGUGUAAAUGAUAAAGUUAGGUUAACGUUAUAACUGAGAUGGGCGACUUUACAAUUUUUUAAGAGAAAUUUUUAUGAUUUACUUUAAAUAACUCCUUUAAUAAUUUUUACAAGUGUACUGUAAUUGGAUGUAAAUAAAUAUGAUGAUCCCUCGAGAUACAAGGCUAUCAGGGAUCUUCCUGAACAUAUAAUUUUGGUUGUUUGGUUUCUUUUUAAGGGGUUUUGAUGAAAACUUAAAAGUAGUAAUCAAUAGCAAAUUCUUGAUACUUCAUUAUUCUAACAAUUUUAAUGAUGUUUUGAUUAACAGUUGAUAAAUUCGCCCAUCUCACUCCUUGUACAUAUGUAAUUUAAUGUCACCCUAUCUUACAUCCGACUGGCAUUGAUCCACAUAAAAGUUAAUAGUUACCAAAGUGCUGUUACUCUGGACUCUGGUGAAGACUUAACUACUCUGGUUGUUGUCUCUCACACUUGUGCAAUUUUAGGAAUAUUCCAGUUUAAUAGAGUUAUUUAAAAUUUAGAUAUCAAUAGUAAUUUAUAUAGUAUUUAAUAGAGGGCUAGAUUUGGUAUUCGAUUACCUUGUAUAAUAAAUUGCC